CAGCUUGCUUGCAUGUAAGAAGAUGCCGAGGACUAAGGUUUCGUCUUCUGCUCGUACAAGUGCGAGUGGUACGAAACAGAUAAAGCCACGCAGUUACUUCGUGGGCUCGAAUUCGAGUGACGUAUCGUUGAAAAAAGGUGCGCUCGCGAAAGCCGACCUUAGGACUUUCAGUCCUGUUCUAAGUGCAAGUGUGGUACUUAGACUUACAACUCGACUUCUUGUUUCUUCAGAUUGUUCUGCACUGGUCUCACGCUCUUCGGCCAUGAUUAGAAUUCUCCACUCACCUUCAUGAUCUUUAACUUUAUACUAACUUUUUUGGAUUUAGAUUUUUCAAACAGUGGCACUCAGUCCUUGCAAUUAUCUUUGAGUCAUAAUGUAACUCCUUACUUAGAUUGAAUGAAUAGAGUUCAUUCGUAAUCAAGUACUCUUGUUAGGUCGCAACGCAGGAAGACCCUGGUCUUAAGGAGCAGGAUAAUAAGAAAAAGCCAGCUCCUCGCCCGAAGAGGAAAUCUUCGCCGCUUCUAGGUCUAGGAGGAACAGCUACAACAUCAACACAAGAAGAACUUCAAAAAUCAGACGUGGACUAUAGUAACAAGAAGACACUUCCUCGAGCGAAGAGGAAGUCAGCACCUUAUGGUAAUAGUGAGAGACUAUUAAAACUUGGAAGGUGCAUAUCAAUGCGAACGUUCAAGAAGCUAGUAGAUGAGUGCUUGAAGCGAGACAACUUCACUGGGGUCAAAUGGGCACGGCGAGCACUAGAGCUCUUCAGGAUGGCCUUCGAGGACGAGUACGUGAAGAUUUUCUAUAUCAUCAAUCACAUCCAAGAGCAUACUGUUCGCACAAACAAGCGGGCGGAGGACUACGAGCGCCUGCCAUCUUGCAUCUUCGACAUGCAGCCGGAUAAUUUUUGGGAGCGGUUGGAGUACAAGCAAAGAAGGUACACGAAAAAGGUCCAGGAGAUGGAAAGAGACCAACUGGCAAUAGCCGCGAGCAAGGUCUCUUCGUCUUCAUCAUCUUCGAGUAGUUCUUCGUCUUCUUCUUUUAAGAUUCGGAAACUCCAUCGUAGGUAGCAUUUUGGUUCGAUUUUCUAAUGGGAAAUGAUCGCGCGCCAAGAUGUGGGACAAGAUGGAUUUCUUAUGGUUCUAAUUCUUCAUCAUCUUCAUCUUCUAGCAGCACGGCGACCAAGAACUUUCCAUCUACAGCUGCUUCUACUUCAACUUCUUCUAGUUCUAGUGCCUCUGGCGGUCUUGCUUCAUCUCCUCGUGGCGCGUUGCAGCAGGAGCACUUGACGAGCGCGAUCGCGUUUCCAAACGUGGAAUCGUAUUCGGUUUUCGAGGUUCCGCAAAGCCGAGAAAGCUUUGCGAGUUUACUUAAACUUUCCGGAACUGCUAGUAGCAAGAACACUGAUUCCAUUUUUUUGCAGGGUGCCACAGCAUCGAAGUGUACGGCUUGCCCAGACGAUGACGGGAGUGAAUGCAGUUUAUACGAUGAAGCCGACUACAGAGAAGAAGAUGACGCAAUAGAUCGCCAGGACAAGAUGGAGCAACGGCUCAUGGCGGACUUUGGUGGUUCGGAUGAAGAUGAGGGUGUGCCAGGUGCUGUCGCUGUUGGAAGCAAAAAGCGAAAGAUGAACAUGAAGACGGCACCAACGACGCAGAACAAUAAGAAGCGUCGGAUUACUGUGGGGUAGUUGACGCCACAGCAGUUCGCUGUUGUAGUUUCUCCGUGGUUUUCAUCAUGUUAUGAUAUACGAAGCGUUGAUGUAUGAUAAGCAUCUAACUUUUUGCAUUGAUCAUAGUUUUUUUUGUAAGCAUCACACAGACUACACGCUUGCUCAAAAGAAAGAAGCAUGAGCACCAAGAAUAUCUGGCAUUGAGUUUUGCAUGGCUGAAUUUUGCACCACAACACAGACGUCACGCCAUGACUUUCAAAAAUUAUACAUCUAUGGAAAGACGAAGCAAGAAAUACUGUGC